AUGGUCAACGAAUCAGUCAUCAACAAGGAUCUCGGUGCUCUUCCCACCAAGGGCCCUCAAACCGGCAGACACAUCAACGACCUCUUUUCCUUGAAGGGUAAAGUUGCUUCCAUCACUGGUUCCUCUGGUGGUAUUGGCUGGGCAGUCGCUGAGGCAUACGCCCAAUCCGGUGCCGAUGUCGCUAUCUGGUACAACUCCAAGCCUGCCGAAGACAAGGCCGCAUACUUGGAGAAAACCUACGGCGUCAAAGCUAAAGCAUACAAGUGCAAUGUAUCCAGCUUCGAGGACGUCCAGAAAACAAUUCUUAGCAUCGAAAAGGAGUUUGGCGGACUCGAUAUUUUCGUCGCCAACGCCGGUGUUCCAUGGACUGCUGGUAAGUCGGUAGAGGCAGAGAACCCUAUCGAGGAGUGGAGUAAGGUCAUUGACUUGGACUUGAGCGCUGUGUACUACUGUGCUACCGUGGCCGGAAAGAUUUUCAAGAAGAAUGGCAAGGGCUCAUUUAUUAUUACCGCUUCCAUGUCUGGCCACAUUGUCAAUGUUCCACAGUUGCAAGCCCCAUACAACGCAGCAAAGGCCGCAUGCAUCCACCUCUCCAAGUCUCUCGCAGUCGAAUGGGCUGCCUUUGCCAGAGUCAACUCUGUGUCUCCCGGCUACAUCCGCACCGAGAUCUCUGACUUUGUUCCAGACGACAUUAAGGGUAGAUGGCAUUCUUUGACUCCUUUGGGUAGGGAAGGUGAGACCCAAGAGUUGGUUGGUGCUUACGUCUACUUGGCUUCCGACGCUUCCACAUACACCACCGGCACUGACAUUUUGGUUGACGGUGGCUACACUUUGCCAUAA